CCAUAAAGGAGUUAAAAGUUGAACAUGUACCACGUCCUUGUUGCCAAACCAGAGAAAACCCUAACCAGGCAAAACCUACUCCGCACUACUUCUCCGACACCAUAGAGGUAUCCAUUUCCUUCUGGAUUCGGAUCGCAAGUCCAUCUAAACAAAGUUUGAGGCAACAGAUUUCGUAUAUAUGACAAACAUCAUGGCCAGGUCUUUAUCGAGCGCACUCUUUAAGGGUUUUGCGGCUCUUCCAUCAGCUCGUUUGAGUACUACACUUGGAUCUGUAUCAUUCUACUUGCAUGGAAUGCAAUUCUCAACUACUGUUCCCAAUGAUCCUGACACACAUGAGGAUUUCAGACCCGCUAAUAAGUUUGAGAGUUCUGGCCUUUCCUUAAAGGACAUUGUUGAGCAGGAUAUAAAGGACAAUCCCGUGAUGAUAUACAUGAAAGGGGUGCCUGAGCUUCCUCGGUGUGGAUUUAGCUCUCUAGCAGUGAGGGUGUUGAAAGAAUAUCAUGUUCCUUUGAGUGCCAGAAAUAUAUUGGAAGACCCUGAGCUCAAGGAAGCUGUUAAAGCCUUCAGCCAUUGGCCGACUUUUCCUCAGAUAUUCAUCAAGGGGGAGUUCAUUGGUGGGUCGGAUAUCAUUCUUAACAUGCACCAGGCCGGUGAACUGAAGGAAAAACUCAAGGAUAUUGCAGCCAACCAGAAAAAACCGGAAUGAGCUAUUUCUUAUUGAAAAUGUAGAGCAAAUCUUGCUUUUAUUUUUGCUGAAUUAUUAUGAGAAAAUUGAGUGGUUAUGCUUAGUUCUAGCAACAUAAUGCACACGAGUGACGGUUGUUUACUUAUUUCAAUAAUGAAUGUUAACCCUUUUGGGGGGCUUUGUUUGAUAUGGAUUUUACCGUUUCAUAUAUAUAUAUAUAUAUAUUUGUUUUGUUGUCUUA